CUGGGCUCAUGGAGCCGGUCGAGCGGGCGGGAGGCGGGGAUCCCCCGGAGCCCGGCGGGCGUCCGGUGCAGGGACUGCGGGGCUUCGUCCCGCAAAAGGAGAUCGUGUACAACAAGCUGCUGCCCUACGCCGAGCGGCUGGACGCCGAGUCCGACUUGCAACUGGCCCAGAUAAAAAGCAACCUGGGCCGGGCCGUGCAGCUCCAAGAGCUUUGGCCCGGGGGCCUCUUCUGGACCAGGAAACUCUCCACAUAUAUUCGACUUUAUGGGAGAAAAUUUAGCAAAGAAGAUCAUGUUCUUUUUAUUAAGUUAUUGUAUGAACUGGUAUCAGUUCCCAAACUGGAAAUCAGCAUGAUGCAGGGAUUUGCCCGCCUUUUGAUCAACUUGUUAAAGAAAAAGGAACUUCUUUCAAGAGAUGAUUUGGAGUUACCUUGGAGACCACUUUAUGACAUGGUAGAAAGAAUAUUAUAUUCCAAGACAGAGCACCUGGGAUUAAAUUGGUUUCCUAAACAGAGGGUCUCUAAGUUGCUGAGGCUGGCCUGGAAUUUGCAGUCCUCCUGUCUCAACUUCCCAAGUCGCUGGGAUCACAGUUCUGUAGAAAAUGUUCUCAAAACACUCGUGAAAAGCUGCCGACCGUAUUUUCCAGCAGAUGCAACAGCAGAAAUGCUAGAGGAAUGGCGGCCUUUAAUGUGUCCUUUUGAUGUAACAAUGCAAAAGGCCAUCACUUAUUUUGAAAUAUUUCUUCCUACCUCCCUUCCUCCAGAACUUCAUCAUAAAGGUUUUAAACUUUGGUUUGAUGAAUUAAUUGGCCUUUGGGUUUCAGUGCAAAAUCUCCCACAGUGGGAGGGGCAACUGGUAAAUCUCUUUGCUCGAUUGGCUACAGAUAAUAUAGGGUACAUAGAUUGGGAUCCAUAUGUACCAAAGAUAUUUACAAGAAUUUUGAGAAGUUUGAACCUCCCAGUGGGAAGCAGUCAAGUGUUAGUUCCAAGAUUUUUAACAAAUGCUUAUGAUAUAGGCCAUGCUGUGAUAUGGAUCACUGCCAUGAUGGGUGGACCAAGUAAGCUAGUGCAAAAACACUUAGCUGGUUUGUUUAACAGCAUCACAUCUUUUUACCAUCCUUCAAAUAAUGGGCGCUGGCUGAACAAGUUAAUGAAACUACUUCAGCGAUUGCCAAACAGUGUUGUUAGAAGAUUGCAUCGUGAAAGAUACAAGAAGCCCUCUUGGUUAACUCCUGUGCCUGAUAGCCAUAAGCUUACUGAUCAAGAUGUUACAGACUUUGUACAAUGCAUUAUUCAGCCUGUUCUUUUGGCUAUGUUUAGCAAAACUGGUAGUCUAGAAGCAGCCCAGGCUCUGCAGAAUCUUGCACUCAUGAGACCUGAGUUAGUAAUACCCCCUGUGCUUGAAAGAACAUAUCCUGCAUUAGAGACAUUAACAGAACCUCACCAGCUCACAGCUACUUUAAGUUGUGUAAUUGGAGUAGCCCGAAGUUUGGUAUCAGGGGGCAGAUGGUUUCCUGAAGGUCCAACACAUAUGCUACCUCUGUUGAUGAGAGCAUUGCCUGGGGUGGAUCCAAAUGACUUUAGUAAAUGCAUGAUCACAUUCCAGUUUAUAGCAACAUUUUCUACUCUGGUGCCUUUAGUAGAUUGUUCAUCUGUACUGCAGGAAAGGGAUGACCUAACAGAAGUGGAACGAGAACUGUGUUCCGCCACAGCUGAAUUUGAAGAUUUCGUCUUGCAGUUUAUGGACAGAUGCUUUGGACUUAUAGAAAGUAGUACAUUGGAGCAAACAAGAGAAGAGACUGAAACUGAGAAAAUGACUCACUUGGAGAGUUUGGUUGAAUUAGGUCUGUCUUCUACGUUUAGCACAAUCCUCACACAAUGUUCCAAAGAAAUAUUUAUGGUGGCCCUUCAGAAGGUUUUUAAUUUUUCUAUUUCACAUAUAUUUGAAACAAGAGUGGCAGGCCGCAUGGUGGCAGACAUGUGCCGUGCUGCUGUAAAGUGCUGCCCAGAAGAAGCUUUGAAGCUAUUUGUUCCCCACUGCUGUAGUGUUAUAACUCAACUUACAAUGAAUGAUGAUGUGUUGAAUGAAGAAGAGCUAGAUAAGGAGUUACUAUGGAAUCUUCAACUUUUAUCAGAGAUUACCCGAGUGGAUGGGAAGAAGUUGCUUCUUUAUAGGGAGCAGCUUGUAAAGAUUCUCCAAAGAACCCUACAUUUAACCUGUAAGCAGGGUUACACUCUGUCUUGUAACCUUUUGCAUCAUCUUCUUCGUUCUACUACACUUAUCUACCCUACAGAAUACUGCAGUGUACCAGGUGGCUUUGACAAACCUCCUUCUGAAUACUUUCCUAUCAAGGAUUGGGGUAAGCCUGGGGACUUGUGGAAUCUAGGAAUUCAGUGGCAUGUUCCAUCUUCAGAGGAAGUUUCUUUUGCCUUCUAUUUGUUGGACUCCUUUCUUCAGCCUGAGCUCGACAAACUUCAGCGUUGUGGGGAUGGAGAACUUGAAAUGUCUAGAGAUGAUAUUCUACAGAGUCUGACUAUAGUGCACAACUGUUUAAUUGGCUCAGGGAACCUCCUACCUCCACUGAAAGGAGAUCCAGUUACUAAUUUGGUACCAAGUAUGGUGUCCUUGGAGGAGACGAAGUUGUACACUGGACUUGAAUAUGAUCUAUCCAGAGAGAACCACCGAGAAGCAAUUGCUAGGGUCAUAAGGAAACUUCUUAACCACAUACUUGAUAAUUCAGAAGAUGAUACCAAGUCAUUAUUUCUAAUCAUAAAGAUUGUUGGAGACCUUUUACAAUUCCAAGGAUCUCACAAGCAUGAAUUUGACUCUAGAUGGAAAAGUUUUAACUUAGUAAAGAAAUCAAUGGAAAAUCGGCUUCAUGGGAAAAAACAACAUAUCAGAGCACUAUUGAUUGACAGAGUAAUGUUGCAGCAUGAGCUACGAACACUAACUGUUGAGGGUUGUGAGUACAAAAAGAUACAUCAAGAUAUGAUCAGAGAUCUUCUCCGAUUAUCUACAAGUUCAUAUAGUCAGGUCAGAAAUAAGGCUCAGCAAACAUUUUUUGCUGCUUUAGGAGCAUAUAACUUCUGUUGCAGAGAUAUUAUUCCCUUGGUUUUGGAGUUUUUACGUCCCGACAGACAAGAUGUCACACAACAGCAAUUUAAGGGUGCUUUGUAUUGUCUCCUUGGAAAUCACAGUGGUGUGUGUUUGGCAAACCUUCAUGAUUGGGACUGUAUUGUGCAGACAUGGCCAGCAAUUGUUUCUUCAGGGCUUAGCCAAGCAAUGUCACUAGAAAAGCCAUCAAUUGUGAGACUGUUUGAUGAUCUUGCAGAAAAGAUUCACAGGCAAUAUGAAACAAUUGGCUUGGACUUCACAAUUCCAAAGUCAUGUGUUGCAAUAGCAGAAUUACUUCAACAGUCACCGAAUCCUUCUAUCAACCAGUUAUCACUUAGCCCAGAAAAAAUUAAGGAAGGGCUUAAACGCCAACAAGAAAAGAAUGCUGAUGCUCUAAGGAACUAUGAGAAUUUGGUAAACACUUUACUGGAUGGUGUGGAACAAAGAAACCUGCCCUGGAAAUUUGAACAUAUAGGCAUUGGACUUCUGUCUCUACUGUUGAGAGAUGAUCGAGUAUUGCCUCUUCGUGCCAUACGGUUUUUUGUUGAGAAUCUCAACCAUGAUGCAAUUGUAGUUCGAAAGAUGGCUAUCUCAGCUGUUACUGGAAUUCUCAAGCAGCUAAAGAGAACACACAAAAAGUUAACUAUCAACCCUUAUGAAAUCAGUGGAUAUCCUAAACCCACCCAAAUUCUUGCUGGUGAUAGGCCUGAUAAUCAUUGGCUGCAUUAUAAUAGCAAAAGUAUACCAAGAACUAAAAAAGAAUGGGAGUCAAGUUGCUUUGUUGAAAAAACUCACUGGGGAUACUAUACUUGGCCAAAGAAUAUGGUUGUUUAUGCUGGUGUGGAAGAGCAGCCUAAGCUUGGCAGAAGCAGGGAGGAUAUGACAGAGGCAGAACAGAUUAUAUUUGAUCAUUUUUCUGAUCCUAAAUUUGUUGAACAGUUAAUUACUUUUCUAUCUUUAGAAGACAGAAAAGGAAAAGAUAAGUUUAAUCCCCGACGUUUUUGCCUCUUUAAGGGUAUAUUUAGAAAUUUUGAUGAUGCCUUUCUGCCAGUUCUGAGGCCCCAUUUAGAACAUUUGGUUGCAGAUUCUCAUGAAAGUACCCAGCGAUGUGUUGCAGAAAUUAUAGCUGGUUUAAUCCGAGGUUCUAAGCAUUGGACAUUUGAAAAGGUGGAGAAGCUUUGGGAGCUUCUGUGCCCUCUGCUUAGAACAGCUUUGUCCAACAUUACAGUAGAAACUUAUAAUGACUGGGGAACUUGCAUAGCAACAUCCUGUGAAAGCAGAGAUCCUCGGAAACUUCAUUGGCUUUUUGAGCUCUUAUUGGAAUCACCAUUGAGUGGUGAAGGAGGAUCCUUUGUAGAUGCAUGUCGACUUUAUGUACUACAAGGUGGCCUUGCCCAGCAAGAGUGGAGAGUGCCUGAAUUAUUGCACAGACUACUGAAGUACUUGGAACCCAAACUCACCCAGGUUUACAAAAAUGUCAGGGAAAGAAUAGGGAGUGUGCUGACCUACAUAUUCAUGAUAGAUGUUUCUUUGCCAAAUACUGCGCCAACAACAUCCCCUUGUAUUCCUGAGUUUACUGCUCGAAUUUUAGAGAAAUUAAAACCCCUUAUGGAUGUGGAUGAAGAAAUUCAGAACCAUGUUAUGGAAGAAAAUGGAAUUGGUGAAGAAGAUGAACGAACUCAGGGCAUUAAACUCUUAAAAACUAUAUUGAAGUGGCUGAUGGCAAGUGCAGGCAGAUCCUUCUCUACAGCAGUCACAGAACAACUUCAGCUUCUGCCAUUGUUUUUUAAGAUUGCCCCCGUGGAAAAUGACAAUAGCUAUGAUGAACUGAAAAGAGAUGCAAAACUUUGUUUAUCACUAAUGUCUCAGGGGUUGCUUUACCCUCAUCAAGUGCCUUUGGUACUUCAGGUGCUAAACCAAACAGCAAGAAGCAGUUCUUGGCAUGCGAGAUAUACAGUACUGACCUACCUCCAGACCAUGGUGUUUUAUAACCUCUUUAUUUUCCUAAACAAUGAAGAUGCAGUUAAAGACAUCAGGUGGCUUGUUAUAAACCUUUUGGAGGAUGAGCAAUUAGAGGUUCGAGAAAUGGCUGCUACCACCUUAAGUGGUCUGUUACAGUGUAACUUCCUUACCAUGGACAGUCCUAUGCAGAUUCAUUUUGAGCAACUUUGCAAAACAAAACUACCUAAGAAAAGAAAGCGAGACCCUGGUUCUGUAGGAGAUACCAUUCCUUCUGCAGAGUUGGUGAAACGCCAUGCUGGGGUGCUAGGACUUGGUGCUUGUGUUCUUUCAAGCCCUUACAAUGUUCCCACCUGGAUGCCCCAGCUACUUAUGAAUCUCAGUGCACAUUUGAAUGAUCCUCAGCCUAUUGAGAUGACUGUAAAAAAGACCUUAUCCAAUUUUCGAAGGACACACCAUGACAACUGGCAAGAACACAAACAGCAAUUCACUGAUGACCAACUGCUUGUUCUCACGGAUCUCCUUGUGUCACCAUGCUAUUAUGCAUAGGAGAUGACUAGUCCUCACUUCAGGCUCUUUUCAUCAAAAACUCCAGAUCCUCAGGUACCAUCUGUGGUGGCUCUCUGCAGGUUUAAAACUCUGCCUUUGUUGAGCUCUCAUAAUUUUGAUGAUUUCCGUGUUUGGUCUCAUUAGUCUGUGUCCACAGGUUCUCAGCUGCCAUUUGGUUUCUUGAUUUGUCCAUAGUGUUUCCAGAAUAUACUUUUUGUUUGAGGCAUCUGACAAAGUCACAAAGUCUCAGACUAGAAAUUAUUACCCAGUACGAACAUGGCAUCUAAGGCCAAACAGUCUAGGAACUCAUUAAGAAAAAAAAAUUCUUUUUUUUUGAAUGGAGAAAACCCAUCAUUAAUACAAGUCCUGUCAUUUCACUCAUCUCAAAUUAUUUUGAAUUUUCCCAAAUGGCUGUUGGAUGGUAGUAGGGCAGUGGGCCAUAAAUCUGAAGCCUUGAGAGCCUUGGAGAGCCAGAAGAGGAAAGGAAAAGAGGAGGGCAACUCUUGAACCUUACCGAUGACUGAUGAAUUGCUGGACCAAGUCACAGAAGCAAAGUCUGUUUCCCAGACUGGAGUUUUUGGUGCUGAAUAGAGCCAGUUGCUGAAAGAAAAAAAAUGGGGGUUUGUUGAAUAAAUUUUUGAUUGAUUGUUGUGUGUGUAUACAAUGUGUGAUUUUGAAAAUAAACAACAACAGUAAACAUCCUGA